GAGAGAGAGAGAGAGAGACGGCCCCCCUCCCUCUCCCCAUCUAACAACAACCCCAACCCCGCAGGCUCCAGCACAACGACCCCACCCCCCCAAAUCCCUCUGAGAGAGGAGACGGAGAGGAGCACACGGAGCCACGGAGAAAAAGGAUCGUUUUCGGGAUCAAUCCGGGGCCUAAUGCUGUAGCGGACAGCGCGCGGGGGGAGAGCUCGAGCGAGGGACAGCGCACUGAUUGCGAGUCGGGCGAGGGAGCAGGGCGGACGGGAGAGACGACGGGAUCGCUCAUUCGCCUGGAAACAUGGGAUGUACACUGAGCGCCGAGGAGCGCGCCGCUCUGGACCGGAGCAAGGCCAUCGAGAAGAACCUGAAGGAGGACGGGGUGGUCGCCGCCAAGGACGUCAAGCUGCUCCUGCUCGGCGGCGGGGAGUCCGGUAAAAGCACCAUCGUCAAACAGAUGAAGAUUAUCCAUGAAGAUGGCUUUUCUGGGGAUGAUGUGAAGCAGUAUAAGCCUGUGGUCUACAGCAACACCAUCCAGAGCUUGGCGGCCAUCCUUCGAGCCAUGGACUCACUGGGCAUCGAGUUUGGAGACAAGGAUAGAAAAGCCGAUGCCAAGCUGGUGUGCGACGUGGUCAGUCGCAUGGAGGACACAGAGCCGUACUCCGCAGAGCUUCUCACUGCUAUGAAGCGCGUAUGGACCGACGCCGGGACUCAGGAGUGCUUCAGCCGCGCCCGCGAAUACCAACUCAACGACUCUGCUCAAUACUACCUGGACAGUCUAGACCGGAUCGGGGCGCCAGACUACCAGCCCACCGAGCAGGAUAUCCUGAGAACCCGAGUGAAGACUACUGGUAUCGUCGAAACCCACUUCACCUUCAAAAACCUCCAUUUCAGGCUGUUUGACGUUGGGGGUCAGAGGUCAGAGAGGAAGAAGUGGAUCCACUGCUUUGAAGAUGUGACUGCCAUUAUUUUCUGCGUUGCUAUGAGUGGAUACGACCAGGUGCUCCACGAAGAUGAAACAACUAACCGCAUGCAUGAGUCACUCAUGCUCUUUGACUCCAUCUGUAACAACAAGUUCUUCAUCGACACCUCAAUCAUCCUCUUCCUCAACAAGAAGGAUCUGUUUGCUGAAAAGAUCAAGAAGUCACCGCUGACGAUCUGUUUUCCAGAAUACACAGGUGCUAAUACUUACGACGAUGCUACUGCAUAUAUUCAGGUUCAGUUUGAAAGUAAGAACCGCUCUCCCAAUAAGGAGAUCUACUGUCACCUGACCUGUGCCACAGACACAGGAAACAUCCAGGUAGUGUUUGAUGCCGUCACCGACAUCAUUAUUGCAAACAACCUGAGAGGGUGUGGCUUAUACUGAGGCCUGGCCGAGCACAGAGGUUGUUAUGGAGAGUAUGAGGUGUUAAUAAUGAUAAUUUUGAUGAUACUUAAACACAUUAAUAUGUAAUUCUACACGUCCAAAAGGACCCAAAGAGCUGCCGUCUUGACACCACACUGGAUUAUUGCCAUGAUUUGUUCCCUUCCCCUCAUUUGGAUUUCAGUAUGAAACCCCAGAUUUGUCCUAUAAAAAAAAAACGUGUUUUUGAGCUGAAUGUUUCAUGUUUUGUUGAUGACUGUGUCAACAACUGGAGAGGCCAGAAGAGGAAGCACCAAGGUUGUAUUCAGCUGGACCCUCGUUUUGCAAAACUCAAUAAUGGAGAGGAGAGUGCAAUGUCAAUUUUUAACCACAGCGUGGACUACUGUCCCAUUCUUUGUGUGACGUUUUUAUGUGCACGUCUCAAGGCAUUCAUAUCUAUACUGAAAAUAGCCUGCUGUGCUGCGUUUGAAGAGCCGCUGUGUGUAUGAAGGUGGCGAUGAUGAGGAUGUCGGGGAGGUGCUGUGCUCGUGGCUGAGGGUCGUGGUCGGGAAGAAGGCUAUUUUAACAUUCAGAAGGGACAAAGCUUCCCUCUCCUUCAGACCCACACAUGACUGAGUAGCCUGCAGGUCUUUAAAACAUAAUGACAGGAUUCUUCUGUUCAGAGUGGCUGCCCAUUUCCAUUGGCGUCUUGUAGCGUGAGGAAAUGCCUAGCAGCUAAUGAUAGCUAAAAAAAUAAAUAAUUAAGUCAUAUUGGUGCCAAUCGAGGACACAUUAGGAAUAUAAAUCAUAAUUCAUGUUCAUACCAUGAAGUAAUAUUAUUUAAAUAUCAGAUUAUCAUCGAAUGAUUUUUUCAUUUAAGCCUCAUGCCCUACAUGCCUCCUUCUACCUCCUGAAAUCCCGUGCCACAUAUUUAUUCCCUGACAUGAAAACGUGGGUACACAUACACCUGUCUACGGCUCAGAGGGUAGAAAGCAGCCCUCCAAUGACACCUUUGUUCUCUGUGUGGUGCUUGACCCUUCGAUGUGAAUCUGUGUAGAAA